AUCAAGCAUUUAGAAAUACAGACUCCUUCUACAAACAUUUGUGAAAGGAUGGGAUGCUCUCAGGAGCUCAGUAAAUUCAGGCGUGUGGUACCGUGAUAAGUUGCCAUCUGUGCAAUAAGUCCAUCCGUGAAAUUUCCUUGCUACUAAAUAUUUCACGGUGAACAAUUAGUGAUAUUAUAACAACGUGUAUGCAACUGGGAACAACAGCAACUCAGCCACAAAGUGGUAGGCCAUGUAAAAUGACAGAGUAGGGUCAGUGCAUGCUGAAGCUCACAGUAUGCAGAAGUCGCCAACUGUCUGUAGAGUCAAUAGCUAAAGACCUCCAAACUUCAUGCUGUUGCCUUCAGAUUACUGCACUAACAAUGUGUAGAGAGCUUCAUGGAAUGGGUUUCCAUGGCAGAGCAGCUACAUUCAAGCCUUGCAUCAUCAAGUGCAAUGCAAAGCGUUGGAUGCAGUGGUGUAAAGCACACUGACACUGGACUCUAGAGCAGUACUUGCCUGAGUGCAUUGUGCCAAGUGUAAAGUUU